AUGGAUGCUACAUUGACGGCCAGUCUGCCAUUGCGGCCAGCCUCGAUUCCCAUAUCACGCCCCCAACAAAUAAUGCGCACGAAGACAACUUCCCAUUGCAUCCCCGAAGAUCCAACUUCGACUGCAUCACCCAGGUCGGGCGCCCCCUCACUCACAUAUUCUUCCUCCUCGGACGAGCCCGAAGAGCCCUUGCCCCCCCGUCGGCGAAGGGCGUCGACGAAGUUGAUCUCGCAGAAUGCGGCUGACGUCCAACGACUCAUUGGCGAGCCCGCCACACGGUUGAUUGAAAAAUGCUGCGGAGGUGGAUGCUGCAUGGCCGUAACGCAGACAGAUGGACUCGAUUAUGAACGCGUUCCGGUUCCGGACAAUGAUGCCUUCAGGGCCUUGGAAUUGAAAGUGGGAGUGAUUCCAACGACCUUGUCAGGGAUACCACAAUUGCCUGCAAAGACCGUCUCUCUGCUGCCGGUCCAAAACCCCCCCGCCGUUCCUUUAGCCACCGAUUCUGCGAACACAUCCACGCAGGAGCCAAAGGAUGGCUCAAUCGACUUCACACCAUCACAGGAUUCACACGGAGUUGAUACCUCCGUCCACCCGCCCAGUUUUGUCCAGCCUCAUCCCCCAUAUAACGUCUACUCGGCUCGUAUUUUUACAGCUCGUGAGCUAACGAGGCCGGGAGCUGAGAAACGCACCUAUCAUUUCGAUUUGGAUGUUACCGAUUAUCCGGAGGAGUUGGGGGUAGAUUUCAAGGUUGGAGGCGCCAUUGGGGUCAUGGCUCCCAACGAGGAUUCAGUGGUGGACGAGCUAUUGGAGCUCCUCCUCAUCCCGCGCUAUAUCCGCGAUCGCCCAGUUCUUCUAAAGACAGAGAGUGGCCGCUGGCCUACAGUUUGGUGCGAGGACCAACCGCGAGAGCUCAUCACCACGCGCCGCGACCUCCUUACUUGGUGCAGCGAUAUCCAAUCAUACCCCCCAACGAAGCCGCUCCUGCGUAUUCUCGCUGAAUACGCGACUGAUCCGGCCGAGAAGAAGAUCCUCUCGUACAUAUGCAGUGCUGAAGGGCAGGGAGUCUUCUGCGAUUUCCGCACAGGGCCGCAUAUCACAAUCAAUCAACUACUCCACGCCUUCCCCAGCAGCAAGCCUCCUCUUGACCACCUCCUCUCCCAUCUCCAGCAGCUAAUGCCGAGAUUCUACUCCCUCUCCAAUGAUCCUCAUGAGUCCUGCGUUCCCGCUGCUGGGUGUGCUCGCCUGGUCGAAAUUGCGGUUACCGUCCAUGAGACGCCAAAUUGGAGAAAUGGUGAACGGACUGGAGUCGGAAGUGGGUUUUUCGAACGCCAGGCUCGGAAGUUUAUUGAGGCUGAGAAGAGAGGCGAGAAACUCGACUUACGCAUUCCUAUGUUCAAGGGAUUAAUGGCAAAUCCUCUUGCACGAGAGUUCGUUGCCGAUGGACCUAUGCUCUUGAUCGGUGCCGGUGUCGGCGUGGCGCCUUUCAGGGGCUUCGUGCAGAGACGAUUGAAGAAUGCCAACUGUGCGAACAAAGUCUGGGUGCUUCAAGGAGUCAGGGAUUCCCUCCUUGAUGAAUUAUAUUCUGGUGAAUGGGGUGUACAUGAAGAUGAAGUUAAGAAGGUCGUGCAGAGCAGGAGGCCUGGAUCCGGUCAUCCGAAAUACGUCCAAGAUGAAGUUAGAGCCCAAGCUGAUCUUGUCUGGUUCAUUAUUAACAGUCUUGACGGGAGAGUAUUUGUUUGCGGGAGUAGCAAGGGGAUGGGCGAGGGCGUCGAAGACGCCUUGAUCGAUGUUGCGAUGUUGAAGGGGAAUCUCUCCCGCGAGCAAGCGACUGAAUUUUGGGAUUUGAAGAAGAAUGCGGGGCAGUAUAUUGCGGAGACAUGGUGA